AUGUCCACGCUCCGCCAUCGUCCGGGCAAGGCGCCCCGGGGCGACGACAGCGACAACUCACCCCGCGUCUCCUCGCCUGAUGUCGACACCAAUGUGAAAGACACGGCUCCAGCGACUCCAGACGAAAAACCGAGUCUGAGCCCUUUCGUGCGAUUGAAACGAUGUCUGGCAAAGCCACGGGGUAAAAGGCGCAACAGCUUCAUCUUCCUGCUGGGCGGAUUGUUCGGCAUCUUUGUCGCACUGUUCUUUGCCAACCAGAAUGAGGUUAUCAGCCUGGAUGCGCUGAUGGAUCUCAAUCUCGAUGCGUUGAUCGACGUCAUCCCUCAGGGCAUCCUGCGUGAUGCAAAGGAAUUUACACAACAUGAACGCGACGCCGUCAGCUACGACGCCUUCUCCGUCGGCCUACAUCUACAAUCGCAAGGAAUACGUGCGAAGCAUCCGGUGGUAAUGAUCCCCGGGGUCAUCUCGACAGGGCUGGAGAGCUGGGGAACAGACGUCGAGUCGCGCCAAUACUUCCGCAAGAGGCUAUGGGGGAGCUGGAGCAUGAUGCGGGCGCUAGUGAUGGACAAGGCUGGAUGGAAGAAUCACAUCAUGCUCGACAAGGAAACGGGGUUAGAUCCGCCGAAUAUCAAGCUCCGUGCCGCGCAGGGAUUCGACGCCACAGACUUCUUCAUCACGGGCUACUGGAUCUGGAAUAAGAUCCUCGAGAACAUGGCCUCGAUCGGAUACGAUCCUACGAACGCAUUUUCGGCGGCAUACGACUGGAGAUUGUCAUACCUCAACCUCGAGUAUCGCGACCAGUAUUUCAGUCGGCUGAAGUCCUACAUUGAGAUGAUGGUCCGCGUGGAGAACGAGAAGGUCACGCUGGUGUCGCACAGUAUGGGCUCCCAGGUGGUCCUGUUCUUCUUUAAAUGGGUUGAGAGUGAGAAGCAUGGGAAUGGGGGCAAGGACUGGGUGAACCGGCAUAUCGACUCGUGGGUCAACAUCAGCGGAUGCAUGCUGGGCGCCGUCAAGGGUCUGACCGCGGUGCUGUCUGGCGAAAUGAGAGACACCGCACAGCUGAACGCUUUUGCCGUCUACGGCCUGGAGCGGUUUCUCUCCAAGGAGGAGCGGGCGGAAAUCUUCCGGGCGAUGCCAGGAAUCUCCAGCAUGCUCCCCAAGGGAGGAGAUGCCGUGUGGGGGAACGAGACAUGGGCGCCGGACGACCAGCCAGGUCAGCACUUCAGUUAUGGCAGCUUUCUCAAUUUCCGAGAGACCAAUUCAUCGUGGACCAGGAAGAACCUCACGAUGCAGGAAAGUUUGGCGUAUCUCUUCAAUCAGUCAGAAGACUGGUACCGCAACCAGGUCUUCAACAACUAUUCGCAGGGGAUCGCCCACACGAGGGCGGAGGUCGAAGCCAACGAGAACGACCCGCGCAAGUGGGUGAACCCGCUCGAAGUACGCCUGCCUCUGGCGCCUGACAUGAAGAUCUACUGCUUCUACGGGGUGGGCAAGCCCACCGAGCGCAGCUACUUCUACCAGGAGGAACGGGAUCCGCUCGCGAAGCUGAACGUGUCGAUCGACACGACAGUGACGACGGGCGACGGCAGUGUGGACCGCGGCGUGGUCAUGGGCGAAGGCGACGGCACCGUCAACCUGCUCAGCAUGGGAUACAUGUGCUCGAAGGGGUGGCGGAUCAAGCGGUACAACCCGGCAGGAGUGAAGAUCAAGGUGUUUGAGAUGCCGCACGAGCCCGAUCGAUUCUCGCCGCGGGGUGGUGACCAUGUCGACAUCCUCGGCCGAGCCUCUCUCAACGAUCUGGUCCUCCGCGUCGCCGGCGGGAAAGGCGACUUAAUUGAAGACAACUACGUCUCGAGGAUCAGAGAAUACUCUGAACGGGUUAAGAUAUACGAUGAUGAAUGA